AUGGCUCCUCGUGACCCAUUCAUCGAUACUGCGAUGAGUGCUGGUAAUUAUUCGUUGGCUGUGCAGCUUAUCGACAAGAAAAUACGUAAGUACCCGAAUAGCUCGUAUUUCUAUGCACUCAGAUCCGAGGCCUUGGCUUUACAAGACGAUAAGAAGGAUAAAGCACUUACCGAAGCGUGCAAUCUUUUGAAUAAAUGCCCCAGUGACUCGGACACAUUGUCCACUCUAAUUAGAGUGUUCGAGCUUUGCGAUUAUGAGCCGGAAAAAGACGUUUUCGAAGCAGCCAGCAAGAAGUAUCCCAGCUUUGACUUGGUUUAUGAGUGGUUCUCACACUCUGUGAAGAAUGGAGACAUUUUACAGUUACAGAAGUCGGCGAUGCUACUCACAAAGGCUGUGAGACCGUCCACUUUACAGUCUCAGGGGGCUUAUUCUGCCAGGAAAAUACAAUUCUGGGCAGCCAGUGGGUUUUUACUAGCUUGUAAGUGUUGUAAGAACCGCUUAAGUACUGCCAACGCAAGAUUAUAUCCAAUGCUUGGUCUUAAGCUUUGUCAGCAGGCAGUUCCUCAAACGGCUCAGCAGUUCUAUGUAUUUUGCGAGCUGCUGAUUCUUGUGGGCAAGCAUUCAGAGUGCUUACAGGUGUUAGAGGAGUUUCUCAAAAAGGAAAACGAUUUGGAGUUGAAGCUUAUGUAUCUCAAUUUGUUGUGCAAGAGUGAAAAGUACGACAAGUUGCUUACAACUUCUCGCCACUACCUAGUUGAUUUAAAAGAAGACGACUGGGACACAUGGAAGUGGCUUCUAAUUGCUGCUUCUCACUUGAAUAGGCUUCCCGAGUGCGUCAAACUGAUAGACGAUUACCCUAAUGGUCGUAACAAGUAUCUCGCAUAUCUAGAGGCUUUCAAAUAUGAUUCUUCGUUGUCCAGAGAGACCUAUUUGAAACAGUACAUUACCAAAUACGGUUCCAAGAAGUGCUGCUUUCUGGAUUUGAAACAGUUUAUCACCCGUAAAGACGAGGUUUUGGACAAAGUUCUUGAAGACGUCUAUGAAAGCACUUCUGGAUCAGUUUUAGGCGAUUCUGAUUUGGCCUCUGAUGACGACUUGCUUCUUGUGGUGAACUACAUGAAGCUUAAACUAUAUUCACAUCCAGAAAUAAUGCAUUGCAAGCAAUUUUUAGAGCAGUGUUGCCAAUUAUAUGCGUCCUCAUGUCAUUUACUUUCCAAUUUACAGGAAUUCGACUUUUCUGCGAGCUUCGAAUUGAUCAUUAUGGCAUCACAGGCAAUGCUAGUACAAUCUACAUCAUCGCAGCAAGAUGUCUACAUGCAUAUUAUAGUUAUUUUGGAGUCUGCUUUGGCUACAAAUCCUUACGAAUUUCAUAUAAAACUAUGGUUGAUAGCUUUAUACGUAAAGGUGAAUCUCGUAUCGAGAGCGGAAUCAUUGUUUGAAUCCCUGAAGGUCAAAUUUGUGCAAUUGGACACGCUUGCACAUAUUUUAGUCACUCGGUGUUCUUCACUGACUCUUAAAGAUACCCUUUUGAAUAACGUGGAAUCGUUCUAUUCCAAAAAUGUUGCAGCAGAAGUGCCUCAUCUGAUAUUCAACUGCUUCCAGAACCUUUCAUUGAGUAAACUUGAAGGAUUUUUUCAAUUUGAGAUUCGACUUGAAUCUUCUUUCACAAAGUAUCUCAAUACAUUAGAAAGAAUUCGUCUUUGUAGACUUGAAAAUGACGACAGAAGCAUUGAAAGCAAACUCAAGAUUGAGAUCAGACGAUUUUACAAAAUUUAUAGAAAACACGGUAGGGACAUUGACCAGAAAGUCAAUGACAACCGUGACCUAACUACAUUCUGGGAUUGUGGAAUGCACGAAAAGUGCGACGAGGCUGCUGCUGUACUAGAUAGAGUGAAUCCGGUUGUUGAUAUGGAUUAUUUGGCACUACAAUGCGUUGCUAACUUGCUAGUUUAUGAUUCCAAGUCGGCAUUAUAUGAAGAAUAUAGAGCUGAGUUUGCGAGAUUGUACAAAAAGGCGGUUUCAGGAUCGGACAGUACUUUCACGGAGGCAGAGAAGUGGAGUUUAUCAGUGAUUGCACACGUCUUAGAUUCAGAAAUUUCCAUUAGGAACACUCCAACGUUGCCAGAAUCCACUUUGAACUUCAACUUCAAUCACACUCUAUUUGUUAUGGUCGAUACUUUGAAGCUGGUAGAACAUAUGGCCAAGACAAAGCGACCAGGGGCGGCAUCAACGAAAAAAACACUUGUUUCUUUGAUACCUAGAGAAGAUCCAGCCGCAUACAAGCGGAUGUCCAGAAAGGACGUAUCAAAGGCAGAGGAAGAAACUCGCAAAUGGUUCAAAAAGGAUCCUAUCGGGAAACUAUUCAAUGCUGAUGCCCGUGUAUUGGUUAAGACGUUUGAAGAAGUACGCCAGUCCGCUAAAAAGUCGAUGAGUGCUCUUAAUAAAGUAUAG